AUGCUAUUGAGCGGGCUCUGGUUUCAGGGUGUGACGCCGCACCAAUACCGGCGGGAGAUGCGGCGCGACUUGUGCGCACACGCGACCGGAGAUCUCAUUCGGCAGUUGGAAGCACUGGGGAUCGAAAUCCCUCCGCAGGACGCAGGCCGGGUAACAGAGGGGGGGGCAGUGGUGCGGGAGAGGAACGCUGGUAUGGAAGAUGUGAGGCAAGCACCGGUCACUCAAGCCGGGGAUGACGCACGGGUAACGGCGAUGAUGAGGGAAAUGGCGACUUUGAAGAACGAUGUGAGGUACCUGGACGCGAGCUUCACCGUCAUAGCCAGUUUUGUGGGAUUGAGGCGCGACGAGGUGGUCUCCGCUGCAACCCAACUACUGAUGCAAGGUAACCCCGUGAGACCCGGCGCGAAAUCAGAGGCAGGUGGCACCAAGAAUGCUCCACACACUCCACAACGUCCAUCCGGUCGCAAGAGGCGUGACGACAGCAGUCCAGAGGAGGAUGGCGUACGCAAUGCCACCCGUGUUGCGCUGGCCUCCUCGUUCGCUGCAUGUGAUCCGACAGCGCGCUUGCUGCAUAACCCGCUGCUGUCUGGAGGGACCAUACCUCAUUGGAUGUUCACCCGCGGGAGACCGCUGCUCGGGGUGACGGUGCCGGCUGGAGCUGAUGCGUGGGGAGAUACGAGAGGCCAGGAGACGGUGAAGGCAGAAGAAGAAGAGGAUCUCGUGUCAGACACGGAGGACGAAGCGGAUGGUGACGACACGUGUGCAACGAAGUACACAGGAGUCAAGUUGGAGAAAGCAUCCGGCAAGUUCGGCGUGAAAAUCCUGAUCAAGGAAGGAGGAAAGCGUAAGCAACAGCGGCUGGGUGCAUACACGUCGGAGGAGGAGGCCGCGUUUGCGUACGCCGCAGGUGCGUUCGUCCUGAGGCCACGAGACAAGAUACCCAACACAGUCAGUCUGUCAGCCGCAGAGAAGGCGAUGCUGCGUGGAUGCACCAAGGAAGAUCUGCAGCUCCUGGUGGAAGCGCGGAGGUGGUGGAGGUGGCGGAGCUGGAGGGAGGCGCGGGAGGGCGUGAACUGGAAGCUGAAACGAGGGAGGAAGCGAGUGGUUGCCACAGGCACGUCAAAGAGGCAGAGGGUGGUGGAUAGCAACAACACGGCGGCCAACGAACAAGACAACCCUGACAAUGCUGAGAGUGGGGGAACGGCCCCUGUGAACAACGGCAGCGGUGGGUAUGACGGCACUGGUGCAGAGAGUGCUUCAUCGUCCGAGCGCAAUGAAGAGGACGGCGAGGCAGACUCAAACACAUCGGCCUCAGCCUCACCCGAAGAAUCCGGCGAACCUGCCACGGGAGGGAAGACGGCCGACGAUGGGUGUGCGGGAACCGCUUCACCCAAAGCAGACGGGCGCGAAAGUCGGGGCGCGCGGGAGACGGAUGUGUUUCGGGGCGAAGGCCGAGGACAUGUGGACGGGCAUGUCGACCGCGCAUGCGGGACCCCAGUGGACACCGACGCCGAUGACGUGCGCAUCUCGAGCAGGGUUCUCGAGCAACUCAUACGGGCUCAGGACAAGAGCGCCAAGGAGAACGCGCGGUUGGAGGCGCUGUUCUUGAAUGCAAUGGCGCAGCCUUCUGGUGGCUCUCGUAAGCGUAAGGCUCGGAAGCAGAGAGACCCGGAGCAGGGGUGCAUGAACCCGAAGCGUCAGCGCGGCGAGACAUGGAGCGGCGGGGUUCGCGAGCUGGCCCGAGUUCACAUGUUUCUCAACAGGCCUACGUCGUCGAUGACCUUCUACCCGAGCAGCGACGAUAAGACUCACGGAGUGUGCGCGGUGCUGGACCGCCUGCCUCACAGCUUCGCCUGUUUGGCGUUGGCGGCUGACAAGUCGCGACGAGCGGAUCUCAACAAGACGCUGUCGGAGUGGAAGACAAGGGCUGCCGCUCGCGUGCGAGACAUUGCACUUCCCAAGCUCGGCCUGUUCCGUGACGACAGGGACGCAUACAGCCCGUGGGCACCUGAAAAGGAGCGUAGUAUCGAGAAGAUAAGGGAGCGCAUUGGGCUUGGCGCUGACCCCCCUGAAACUCUUGUGCUCACGAGCUGGGCGCACGACAGGGAUGGCAUGCCUUUUGCCUCCCGGGCGUUCGCGACAUGCGCGAAGGCUGCCUUCAAGCCGAAGAAGGCAGGGCUGGUGAUGACCCUUAAGGUGUACCACCUGGCCUGGUUGGAGCAUGUGGUCUCCGACUGCGUCCUCUACUGGGAGGCGCAGAAAGGCCGGCUCUCCAACUCGGCGGGCGGGAAUGCCCACGUUGUGGAUGGGCUCAAGGUCCUGGUCAAGGAGGCCGUGGAGAGGGCGAUCCGUAUCCGCAACCCCGAGUAUGACGCGGAGCGCGAGGCGUGGAUUUGGGGGCGCCAUGGCCUGCGCAUCUCUGCGUGCGGCCUGGAGCACAUGAAGCCCACGGCCGCCGCCCAGUCCGAAGGCACCGUAGGGGAUGACGACCUUUCGGCGUCACUUGGUGCUGAGUAG